ACUGUGCUCUCCCAGGCAGUCAAUCGCACAACAACAAAACUCUGGGGUCCGUCGUGCAGGAUAUGCACAAUGACAGCACCAUGGAGUCCUUCUGUCUCCUCUUACCUCUUCUUUUGGCUCUGAAGAUGCACACCGCACAUUCAACUCCUGAUUUCUCUCAAUAUCUUCACAGCAUCCUGAAGAACCACACAGCUCAUGCUUGUGAAGGAGACACGCUCAUCAUCCAGUGUCCCUCCAGGACGUCUGUGACCGUCCUAUCAGCUUUCUAUGGAAGACGUGUUCCUAAUCAGCAUUUGUGCCCAUCCGCAAACUCAAACAUAACUGUGGAGGAGGACACAGAAUGCGCUUCUCCAAUUGCUGUUGAGAAAGUGCUUUCAGAGUGUCAGGAUCGGCGGUCCUGUCACAUUCCUGUCUUCAGCCCUGUGUUUGGGCAGGACCCCUGUCCUCUCACCAGCAAGUACCUGUUAGUCUCCUACAAGUGCAGACCAGAGCACCACCGCACCAGACUGGUGUGUGAAAAUGAGCGUUUGAAGCUGAUGUGUAAAAAUGAGACUGUCCUUGCAAUCUACUCCGCCACAUUUGGACACCUGCUGCAUGGCAGUCCGUACUGUCCUCAGGAACCAGGACCACAAACUGACAUGGAGUGUUUGUCACCUUCGGCUCUGAGGAAGGUGUCGCGUCGGUGUCAUGGCAGAGCAAACUGCUCAGUACUGGCCGAUACUCAAACCUUUGGGGACCCCUGCUUCCCCGGCACCAGGAAACACCUGCGGGUGUCCUUCACUUGUGUGCCUCGGUAUCUUCUGGAAGAUGUGGGUCGAGGGUCAACGGACCCUUUCAUGAUCUCGGACUACACACAUGGUGGAUGGUACACUGGCCCCACCUACAGGCCUCAAAAUGUGCUCUUAACCAACUUUGUGGAGAUCAUUGAAAAAAUAUUGGGUCUCCCGGAGCGAGUGGCUCUGUACUUUGUCUCUGGCAUCUGUGCUGGUCUGGUUUUCCUGCUCUGCCUGUUUGGUUUACGCUCCACUUUUGUCAGGGACGUUAAAGAUCUGGUUUCUGAGCUGAAUGAUGAGCUGAAAGCAUCUCGGAGAAAGCGCAAAGAGCUCAUGGAGGACCUCUUUGAUGAUGACAUCUCAGACACUUCAUCCUUCCGACAGCUCACACAAUCCUACCGCACAACAGACAUCUUCAGUCCUUCCACCUUGACAGUAGAGAUGGUCGAUCGUGAGGUGGAACAGAUGAGGGAUCUGCCCAAUGGAGACAUGUGGCCACAUCAUGACUCCAGCCCCUAUGCCAUUCAUAAAAUUAAAACCUACAACCAUUGAAAGAAGUCACAUUGUUCAAGUGAAACCACUGCUAAAGCACCUUUAUGAUAUGAAACUGUUUUGAAAUGUAAUUGCAUAUUAGUUUUACUUUUAAAACAAUUUAACUGUGCCUCUUUAUCCAUUCAAGGCGAAGUGACUCUAAACAAUGAAGAGUGAAUUCAUGAAGUCAUAAUGCGCUAGGUUAAUUCAGUGCAAUCAUUCCAAGGAUUAACACAAUUUAGCUAAUUGUCUGCUUAUGUUUGGUUUGGUUAUAAGAUGUCGUGUGAAAGUGUUGAAACCAGUAUAAUAAAAAUAAAAAAGGUAUGAGAAUAAA